CGGCCCGGCCGCGGCGGCGGGGCCGGCGGUGCGCUCCGUGCCCGCGGCCGUGCCCGCGCCGGCGGCGGCCCCAGCGAGGGGCUCGGCUCGGCUCUGCGCUCCGCCGCCGCCGCCCCCCGCCGCCCCCAUGGAGCGCCGGCCGCGCCGCCUCUGAUGCCCGGCCCGGCGCGCACCAUGGGGCCGCUGUGGCUCUGCUGCCUGCCCCUCGCCCUCCUGCCCCUGCUCGCCGCCGUGGAAGAGACGCUGAUGGACUCCACAACAGCAACGGCAGAGCUGGGCUGGACAGUGCAUCCUCCCUCGGGGUGGGAAGAGGUCAGCGGGUAUGAUGAGAACAUGAACACGAUUCGCACCUACCAGGUGUGCAACGUCUUUGAAUCCAGCCAAAACAACUGGCUCCGGACCAAGUACAUCCGGAGGCGAGGAGCGCACCGCAUCCACGUGGAAAUGAAAUUUUCUGUCCGGGACUGCAGCAGCAUCCCUAAUGUCCCAGGCUCCUGUAAGGAGACUUUUAACCUCUACUAUUUUGAGUCAGACUUUGACUCGGCCACCAAGACUUUUCCUAACUGGAUGGAGAAUCCUUGGAUGAAGGUGGACACGAUUGCUGCCGAUGAGAGCUUCUCGCAGGUGGACUUAGGUGGACGGGUGAUGAAGAUCAACACCGAGGUGCGCAGUUUUGGGCCUGUCUCCAAGAAUGGUUUCUACCUGGCCUUCCAGGACUAUGGAGGCUGCAUGUCCUUGAUUGCUGUCCGUGUCUUCUACCGCAAGUGUCCCCGCGUGAUCCAGAAUGGGGCCGUCUUCCAAGAAACCCUCUCGGGAGCGGAGAGCACCUCGCUGGUGGCAGCCCGGGGGACGUGUAUCACCAACGCAGAGGAGGUGGAUGUGCCAAUCAAGCUGUACUGCAAUGGGGAUGGCGAGUGGCUGGUGCCCAUCGGCCGCUGCAUGUGCCGGGCGGGCUACGAGUCGGUGGAAAACGGGACCGUCUGCAGAGGCUGCCCGUCGGGGACGUUCAAGGCCAGCCAAGGGGAUGAAGGAUGCGUCCACUGCCCCAUUAACAGCCGGACGACCUCAGAAGGGGCCACUAACUGCGUGUGCCGAAAUGGAUAUUACCGGGCAGAUGCUGACCCUGUCGACAUGCCGUGCACCACCAUCCCAUCUGCCCCCCAGGCCGUCAUCUCCAGCGUGAACGAGACCUCUCUGAUGCUGGAGUGGACCCCGCCACGGGACUCGGGGGGCCGGGAGGACCUGGUGUACAACAUCAUCUGCAAGAGCUGUGGCUCUGGCCGCGGGGCAUGCACACGCUGCGGGGACAACGUGCAGUUCGCCCCCCGCCAGCUGGGCCUGACGGAGCCCCGCAUCUACAUCAGCGACCUGCUGGCCCACACCCAGUACACCUUCGAGAUCCAGGCAGUGAACGGCGUCACCGACCAGAGCCCCUUCUCCCCGCAGUUUGCAUCAGUGAACAUCACCACCAACCAGGCUGCUCCUUCAGCUGUGUCCAUCAUGCACCAGGUCAGCCGCACCGUGAACAGCAUUACCCUCUCGUGGUCUCAGCCUGACCAACCCAACGGAGUCAUCCUGGAUUAUGAGCUGCAAUAUUAUGAGAAGGAUCUGAGCGAAUUAAAUUCAACAACAGUGAAGAGCCCCACCAACACUGUGGCAGUGCAAAACCUCAAAGCUGGCACCAUCUACGUCUUCCAGGUGCGGGCGCGUACUGUGGCCGGGUAUGGCCGGUAUAGUGGCAAGAUGUAUUUCCAGACUAUGACUGAAGCUGAGUACCAGACCAGUGUCCAGGAGAAGCUGCCGCUCAUCAUCGGCUCCUCGGCGGCAGGACUGGUGUUCCUCAUUGCUGUAGUUGUCAUCGUCAUUGUGUGCAACAGAAGACGGGGCUUUGAGCGUGCUGACUCUGAGUACACCGACAAGCUGCAGCACUAUACCAGUGGCCACAGUACGUACCGUGGCCCCCCGCCAGGCCUGGGGGUCCGCUCUCUCUUCGUGACUCCAGGGAUGAAGAUUUAUAUUGAUCCGUUCACCUACGAAGAUCCCAAUGAGGCUGUCAGGGAAUUUGCAAAAGAAAUUGAUAUCUCUUGUGUCAAAAUCGAGCAGGUGAUUGGGGCAGGGGAGUUUGGUGAGGUGUGCAGUGGGCAUCUCAAGCUUCCUGGGAAAAGAGAGAUCUUUGUGGCCAUCAAGACCUUGAAGUCUGGUUACACGGAGAAGCAGAGACGGGACUUCUUGAGCGAAGCCAGCAUCAUGGGGCAGUUCGACCACCCCAACGUCAUCCACCUGGAGGGCGUGGUGACCAAGAGUUCACCAGUCAUGAUCAUUACUGAGUUCAUGGAGAAUGGCUCACUGGACUCCUUCUUGAGGCAAAACGACGGGCAGUUCACAGUGAUCCAGCUGGUGGGCAUGUUGCGGGGCAUCGCGGCAGGCAUGAAGUACCUGGCCGAUAUGAACUACGUGCACCGGGACCUGGCUGCUCGCAACAUCCUGGUGAACAGCAACCUGGUCUGCAAAGUGUCCGACUUUGGCCUCUCCCGUUUUCUGGAGGACGACACCUCUGACCCCACCUACACCAGUGCACUGGGUGGAAAGAUCCCAAUACGGUGGACAGCACCUGAGGCAAUUCAGUACCGAAAAUUCACAUCGGCCAGUGACGUGUGGAGCUAUGGAAUAGUCAUGUGGGAGGUGAUGUCCUAUGGCGAGCGGCCUUACUGGGAUAUGACCAAUCAAGAUGUGAUAAAUGCUAUCGAGCAGGACUAUCGGCUGCCACCGCCUAUGGAUUGUCCAAACGCCCUGCACCAGCUAAUGCUUGACUGUUGGCAGAAGGAUCGAAACCACAGACCCAAAUUUGGGCAAAUUGUCAACACCUUAGAUAAAAUGAUCCGAAAUCCUAACAGCCUGAAAGCCAUGGCACCUCUUUCCUCUGGGAUGAACCUCCCCCUACUUGACCGCACAAUCCCAGAUUAUACCAGCUUCAACACUGUGGAUGAAUGGCUGGAUGCCAUCAAGAUGAGCCAGUACAAGGACAGCUUUGCCAGUGCUGGCUUCACCACCUUUGACGUAGUAUCUCAGAUGACUGUAGAGGACAUUCUGCGAGUUGGGGUCACUUUAGCAGGACACCAGAAGAAAAUUCUGAACAGUAUCCAGGUGAUGAGAGCACAGAUGAACCAAAUUCAGUCUGUGGAGGUUUGAUAACUAUGUGUCCUCCUACUCCUCUUCCUUGAGGCCCUGCUCCCCUUUGCCCCUGUAUGUCCAAGCUCCAGUUCUUGAGUGUUCUGCAUGGACCAGAGACAGGCAGCUGCUCUGAGGAUCAUGGCAACAGGAAGAAAUGCCCUGUCAUCAAUAAAGAGAAGUCACUAAGAGCUUCUAGAAUUUAAGCAAUGGAAAAAGGGAACAAAAAAAGACAACUAUUUUGAAAAAAAAACACAAACAAACUAUGAAAUAUUUUUAAAUAAUAAUAAAGCAAUUGCGUUCUUGAAAAGGGCUCCAAGACCAAUGGGAGUCUCCAAAGGAAGAGAAAAAUGCAGCUUCAUCUAUUUCCUCUUGCACAAGGCUGCUGCAGCUGGGUCCAGAUACCUCUGGAGCAAUGAGACUUUUUCAAGAAAAUGAAAGCAAAGGCAAGUCACGAGAAGCACUUCUCUUUCCCACGUGGGAUGGCGGCUCUGGGGAUGUCCUGCAGCCAGGAGUACUUCCCGAAAGCCCCUGUUAGCAAAUCAAAAAGGAGAGAGAGCUGAAACUUUUUGGUGCUGUGGAACCAAGUGUAUCUCAGAAAUCGAUGGACUUCUUCAAAAGCUGAAGACUUUUUUUCUUAAAACAAAUAAACUGAGACUAGAAGACGCUGUUUCCGACAAAUGAGAAAGAAUCUGUAAUGCUUGGGGGGUGGGGAUGGGGAAAACCAAUCCUUUUUACAUCUCUUAUUUUCUCUUGUCAUGGAACAGUUUUGUGAGUGACAGUUUCCUAAGGGUCCGUCCAUCCACCUUCUGAUGGCAUCAUUGUCUCAUACAUAUCAUAUGCACAAGACUUUUAGUGAUGUCCUCACUAGAUGCCAAUGAUCUUUUCCCAGAAGACUUCCCAAGUACAGUAUGUAGUAGUUUUUGAUUACCAAUGCUGAUGUGUACCUUUAUUUUUCGGUUGUCAUUGUUGGGAGAUUUGUCCUUUUACCUUGUUUUGUUAACACCAGUUUGUGAGUUUGGGGUUGGAAUUUUUUGGUUGAUUGGGUUUUUUUUUAAUGAAAAAGAAACGACAUCUCCAAGCAUCAUAUCAUUCAAGAACUUAAAUCCCUUCCCUGUGGAAGGAAUAAUUGCAGCUUAUUGACAAUAUGCCAGGAGAAAAAUCUUUUUAUAUGCACAUUCCCUCCCGUUUGCUUGUUUGUUAUUUUGCAAUUUGUCAUGGCCCGACAGAUGUUUCUAACUGUUGGGUUUCCAGUUGUUCGACAGGAUGAAAUGACCACCUGCUUGAUUCAGGGUUGCUGGUGCAGGGGCGAGCAGCACCACAGAGGUUUGUGGAGAGGUUUUUGCAGGGGGCGAGGGAAAGACAGGGGAGAGCAGGUGGGUUGUGGGAGGGAAUGAUGACUCCACAGCUGGCUGUCAGACCCCUUUGGAAAUGUCUGACUGCUUAGAGAGGUGUCAGAUGGGUACAUGUACCACAGAAAGGCAGGGUAAGCCUGGUCCUCUAAGAGGAGCUUGCGGCACACGGUUUCUUGGAGUCUGAAUUGUGUUAGCUGCCAUGUUGUGGAUGGUUCACUACAGCAACCAAACUCUGUGAACGUGCCCUUUGGGGACCCAGUCCCUUCAUUAGACGGUGAGCUGGGGGCUCUGGGCAGCUUCAGUCUCAGCCAGUCGCCUUGAGGAGAGCCUGGAACAGCAAAGGCAAAAACUGAUCUAGUAGCCUGGAUCUCCAGAGGCAAAAUGCUGUGGUUGAAGCUGAAUGGUCAAUCAUUGGAUUUAUAAAUAAUUGAAAUAAAUACUUUAGUUACUGACCAGGUCUUUGGUAUGUGUAAAUACCACCAACCAAGCACAGGGGGGGUACAAAUUAGAACUGUGUUUGUUCUCCCUGUUCAGCACCACCUCAUAUCCUUUUAAACCAGCCUACCACCACCGACCUCUGGCCACAUGUGGCAUAUUUCCACGUGCCCCCUGGCCAUGGCCAGCGUAACUUGCGUUUACAAGCCCUUGUCUGCUACUGCCAUGUCAUUUGUAGGGUCCUCCACUUGUUUUCAGCAGCAUGGGGUGUCCACUGGGAGCUGGUUUGCUCUAUUUUCCAGGAGCUGAAUCCAAGAGGAAGCAUGUCUGCUGUAGAUGAAAGUCUCAAGCUGUCUAGACCUCUGUGGCCAGACAUCUUCUCCCUAGAUGCUUGUAAAAUAUGAGGCCAUUUAUAAAAUACUUAGCAUUUUCCACCUUCAGACCAGAUCGGAUGACAAAACACUUGUGAGUGGCAGCAGACCGUGCCCUACAAGCGAGAGCUACUUCUCUGCUCCACCCUUGCACUGUCCCAACGUUUGGUGCACAGCUUCCACAGCAGGGGCCUUAAUUGGAGGAACUUUCUCUCCAGCCCCUAUUUAUGUGAAAUCUCUAGUGCACGAUUGUGUUUUCAUCUGUAUACAGUACUGCCCCGAUCUUGCAUCCAAGAGUGCAUCUGUAGCCAUGUGGACAUCAGCAGCCGGUGUGUGCUGCAUACGUAGGGGCAUAUUCUGUUCUCAGUAUCCACAGGGCAUGCCUUCUGACAGCAACGCCGUUCCCCUAUAUCGCUUUCAGAUGGCAGAAUAUGAGCUAGAAAAAGCAAGGGGUGAGUGGACUAUAGACAAGUUGUAUGCAGGUAGUGCCUGGACAUAACCAUCUCUCUGUCCUAUAUCCAGCCUGUUUUAACCAGUGCAUCUAGCAAAGGGAUGCUUUUAAUGUCCUUGCAUUUAAAAAGCACUGCUUCUGGACGUGGACUCAACUUUUAAAAAGCAGCAUGCAAAAAUUGAUGGUGUCAACGAAACCACACGAAGUGCUUGCAGAGGGCACACAGGGAGACGGGAAGCCUCUCUGUGCGCCCCAUCCCGCCAACGUGCGGAGCAGCAGGGAGAACUGCUCACAGGGUGCGUUGCCCUCUCACGUUGUAGCUGCUGUAUUUUAACAAGGAACAGUUGUCAGUCUUUCCAAAGGCAUGCCUGAAGCUGUUUGGUGGCAGUCCAGCGUGAGGGAAGCAUGGUGCUGUGCCAAGUUGUCUAGCCACAGCCGUCCAGCUACUUUAUGUACGAGGGGGCUUUGCAAGGAGAGCUGUCUGUCCAGAAAACUCACCAGAAAAUUCCUGUGGGGCAGCCAUGUGGAAGGAGCACAUGAUGCCCUUCAGUUGUCCUUCCCAGACAAUUCUUGACUGUUCUUUGCUGUCCCUUACAUUCCUGCAGACAGUAAGGAGGAGCAAUGGCCAGGCAGCAUCCCUUCAGAGCUAGUCAUUACUAGACAGGGCUUGGAAGGGCACUUCAGGUCUUCUUCAUUUGGAGACAUUUUGUCUUAAUGCACUGAAUCUCCUCGCUGGCUAGCAUUAUACACAUCUACCUACCAGACCCAACCCACUGUGAAGGACGGGACCAUACCGAGCUCAGAGCCACAGCUCACCAAAGCUGUGGCAGCUGUCUGCAGGACAGAGAAAGCACAUCCUUGUCUCUUCUGACCAAAAAUCACAUGGUGUUAGUACUAAAAGUAACACAUUCCCGUCUGUUUAUACCAGGCAUUGCUGUGACAUCUGUCUGUAUUUGACUGUGUAGGGCUAAUGGAGAACUGGACCUAAAAUAGAAAUGGUCCAUAAACCACUGCAAUUUUCUGCAUCCCUCCAGCUCUCCUGGGAGCACGAGGAACUAAGUUUCUGUAAAGUACUUUGGUUGUAAAUGCUCUGGAGCAUGCUCCAGUGGAGGGGCAGAGUCACUGAAGUGACUUUAACAUAUUUAUUUCAUGGGUAUCAAAUAUGAAUCUAAUGGCAAAAUUCAACUUCAUGGGGAAAACAUAACAAGGGGAAAAGGCACUUGCCAGCACUGACACUGUGAAAUACUGUUGUGCACAUGCAUGUGUGCGUGCGUGAAUACUUAACAAAAAUGAUGGCAAUGAGAUUUUUCAGGCAGCUUGUUGCAAUUUUCACAAUUCCCUUCCACCUUUCAAGCUACCUCCCAGACCUACCCUUCUUCUCAUCUGUUCCCACUGUCAUCUGCUGCUGAGGGUCACCCGUGUCUGGUGAUGGCAGGCAGCAGGAGAGCUGAGCAGGAUGCUAAGUGGAAAAUAUGAAGUUGGUUGGCCAGUGAGAAGUUCAAAUCAUGCAGAGCAUCAUGGGGCAGAGUGGAGAAAGCAAAGCAUAUAUGGGUAGUAAACAGUUGAGAGUCUCCAUGAUAGUAUAUUUAGUGGGUCAUUUUCAACUGUUGCCACCAGCCCUUUACCUGGAAUUCACAGCAAAGGGGUGCCAGGCAAAAGGAAAAACGAACUUGUAAGACACAGCACUGCCGUGAGGAAUCACUUGCCCUUGCUGCCUCUGGGGACACAGAAACAUGGCACUACGGACCGUGCUCCCUCUCCCCAAAUUAUCUUCCCCCCUCCCCAGUAAAAUCUGAGAUCUACUUUUCAUAAACUUAGUGGAGAUUUGUGGUGUUUAGCAGCUGAGAGGCUGCUUGCUACAGUCUGGCUUCUCCUCUCCACGGUGUCCUCACUACUGAGCAGCGGCUUUCAAUGGCAGCAAUCCGCGCAUGGGGUUUCCAUGUGAUCUGGGUAAAUGUGGCCGUCACAGGGUUUACCAGUUAUGCACUAUUAAUCUAGUAUUAUAGCUCAAAUGUAGAGUUUUAUCCCACAACUCCAUGCCAGUCAUUAUAUAGCCGAGUCAUCUUGUUAGCAUCAUUGCACCAGUAUGCACCAGUGUUAGCAAGAAGAGAACCACAUGCAGGGAGGCAUAUAAAAUGGUACCCCAUGCAAGGCUGGGGAGAAAGCAGUGCUACAUCUUCCUUUAGCUCUGGCUUGGAAGAUCUGACAUAAAGGGACUGUUGGCCAGCCACAACAGUAGGGUCCUGCUCUCUUGACUAGCUGCUUAAGCACUUUCCAGGGCAGAGUUUCCUCCUGGUCUGGCAUUUCAUGAGCUAAGGAGAGAGGAUGCUUUAUCAGUAUUAGGUGCUGGCUAUACUAAUAAUGCUUCUCCCACACCCCUUGAAGUUGUUCUUUGACUCGGCAUUAAAGGAAAGGUUCUUUCCCAGUAAUCAUCAUGCAGGCUGCAGAUUAGCGGUGGCCUGUAGAGAAAACCUCUUGGUGGGUUUGAGCAGUUGAGAAAACUUCUUGUUAUAUUUUCCAGGCUGAUUUAUACGAAACCUGGAGUCAGGGCUUGAACUCUGCCGCAUCAUUAACAGUUGUAUCCUCUGAUAAUAUAAUAAAUCUGUGGCUGCCUUGGAUGUAUGAAUCCAAAGUGUCUGGAAGUAUCACUGUUGUCUGGUGUGUUUUAGUGAAGUCUAUUUCUUUGAUGUAUUUCAUCUUCCCUCCUGUGUGUCUAACUUGAGGCUGAUUUGAUGUUGGUCUUUUUCCAUCUUUGAAAAUUUUACAUACUUACAACUUCUUCACAUAUAGAACUCAGCAUUUCCUCCUUCAAAGUGAUGCGAACAACUAAUGUGUACCAACUUAAUUUCUAUAUUCUGCUGGCAGUUAUCCCAAAAUUAUCUUCUUUGCUGCGUUCCCUUCCUUUUACACCGCAAUCUUUUAUCAAGCUGGUGUUUGACAUGCUUCCAGAUCUAGGUUCAAUAGUCCCUUGUAUCAAUUAAUUAAGCCAAAUUACGUGUCCUCGGUGUUGCACGAUCUGAGCUGUACCUGCUUGCAGUCAGCACAACGACAUUCUGUCCUGGAACUCCAGUUUGUGACUUGAGCACUGGUCCCAUCUGCUCGCGAUUUUGGUUCCACCACGUUCACAGUUCAGUGCCGUUCUGCCACUGGCUGUUUCACAAGAAAUUCCCACCAAAAGACUCUCUUCUGUAUUAGUGAUUUCAUCUUGUCAUUGCUGGAGCUGCUAGAGUCCGUCUACUAUGCAGAAUAUACUUUUUUUUUUAAAAUCUUCAGUCACAUUUUGGACUUGUCUUUAGAGUUCUCCAGGAUUACUUUGCUUCUUGUAACUAUGGAGCCCUUCCCAAAGAGAGGACAUAACUUUGGUCUGUGUUUGCUUCCAUAUGUGCUGCAGUCUUCCAUAGCUCUCCUAAACGACUCCCUCCACUGUGCAAAUGUUUCCUGGAAUUUACCUUAUUGCUCUCCCUCUGUUUUGCCUGCCAACUCUACUGGCAAAUGUAAUUUACAGAAAUUUGGGACUGGAAGCGAGAAGUACUCUUUCCCCAGAAACCUUUGUCUUAAUCUGCAUUCUCAGCUGUCUUACAACUGAUUCAGCAGUUUCUCUCCCCUUUUUUUUUUCAAUUCUGUAAGAAAUUUCUCUGCAGUUCCAUGCUUUGUAGGAGUGCAGAAGCAGUCCCACUUCUGUAGCACCGUCUGAUCACUGACGUGCUCACGCCAAUGACAGACCAUUAGGUACUCAUAGUGUCCCUGGUUGCCAUUCCUGAAAACAAGCUACAAGACUUGACUUUGCGUGCCUCAUUUUCUUCAGGAACUCCAUUUUGUCUUAAUGCAAAAAAGAACAACAAAUGUUUGGCUGAUCAUUUCCCAGUUCUUUCAUUCCAGUAAAUUUCAGGACUUUUUUAGCUGUCUCAACUGUAGCUUCUACUUCUACCUCUAAGGUCAGUCUUCAGUUCCUGCACAGAUGUCAUGCUGUAUCCUUUGAUGAUUCUGACCAAGUCUAGGAGAAAGGACAAAUUUUGUUGAAUCUUUAGUAGCCAAACAGCUGUGUUAGCAAAAGCUAAUGGAAGGAGUUCAAGGAGGACGACAUGAAAGCUUAACCUGAGGUUUAAGCUGGCAGUCAAAUCACCCUUUUCCCCCAAAUUGCCUUUCUUUCACAUUUCCAGCUCACUGACUCCAGUUUGUUGGUGAGUGAGCUGGUUCGUGAGUGUGGGAGAUGGAGGUUGACAAAAGCAGGCAUUGUGGACACCAGCCUGAGACAGAUGGUGUGGCAAAUCCACACCCUUUCUUGGCAUUUGCUAGUGAAGAAAUGUGAAGUCUCUGAUUGCUAACAAGUAUUAGCGCUCAGUAGCCUUCACACAAGAAUGUUGUUAUGAAGUGGUACCUCUGAUGUGCUUGCUUCUCAAACGCUGGUGAUACUUUUGUUCUUUUCAACUCAAAAGGCAUAUGCAGAAACUAAGCAGUACACAGAUAUGGGCCUCAGGAACAGCCAGAAGUCUUUGGGAGGUAUAAGAAAUAAAUAGAUUCUGAUUCUCGGUCUGGCAGACGUAAACCAUGAUGAUAAAAAAUUUCGUGCCAUUCAGUCAGAAAAGAUGUGAGUAAGGUGAAUAAGCACAAUAAAAGCACUAAGGCAGGUGAAGCAGACUAUUCUUUGGCACAAAGCACAAUGAUUGAAGGGUGGAACUUGUUGCUGGAGGACGUUAAUACCAGGCACUAGAUGGAUUCAAAAGAUGACUGGACAGAUUUGUGAAAGAAUAAUCUCAACACAAAAAUACCUCUUCCAGUUUUUCAGGGUCACAGAUGCCUGAGGGCAUGGGGUGUAUAACAGCAUUCCUACAGCACUUUUGUACCGUUGUAUUCUUGGGACUGACACAUUUUAAAUCUCUUAAAAGCCCAAACACUCGAUAGAGCAUCAUUGAUUUUCCAUUCUUCAAUCUUUCUGGUAAAGGAUUUCUGUGUGGAGCCAGAGGCCUUCCCAUGUUAGAGGAAAUCACUUGCUUCUUCCUUCCAAUUCCUUGUGUAACACCAGGCAUCCCCUGGGGCUCAGAGCUGCCGUGUGUCAUCAGUGCCUCGAACAGCCGUAACAGCACAAAAAGGGAGACUGUCUUGGUGAUCCAUCAGCUCUGGAUGUGGAAGCUCUCUGUGAAGCAUCCUUGCCUCAAACCUUUUAUGAUUCAGAGAACUAUGUGCAGAGGGGCUGCUGGGGUAAGGAGACAGCCCUUUCCUUCUUUCCCUCCUCUGCUGUGGGUUGGUUUCUGACAGUGAGACUCUUUGCUCCUCUGUAUUGGAGGUUGGCUCAGCCUGCAUGAGCUGCUGGUUGCUUGGGUAUCUAACCAUGGGUCCAAAUGGACUCAUGAGAGCUGCCUCAAGGAUGAAAAUGCAGGACAGGAGCCUGGGACAAGCUUCUAAAAUGGGAAAGAGAUCUCGGUGCAAUGGAGUGAUCCAGGGCCCAGCUGGGUGUUCACAGUAAAAUCCCAGAGGCACCCCAGUGCAGGCGUUGAAUGUUGGGGGCUCCGGGACAAGAUACAGGCAGGUAGAAAGUGCAAGGUUCAGCUGAGUGCUGGCCCAUUUCUGAAGCUGCAUAUGUUCUUUAUCUCCUGGGGACAACUUAGAUCCAGACAAAAAUAACACCUUCUGUUGCUUAUGCUACCUUGAUGGCAUAAGUGAAAAGCUACUUGACAUGGGCAGUGACUCACUUCCUUCUGCAGAGCACCCCAGGAAUGUGGGAGAAGGGCCUUUCUGAAGCAGGAGUCCCUGGAUGUGUAGUCCUGGCCCCCUGCAGACCCUUGUAAGCUGUAAGAGAGCAGGGAAGAGAUAGAACUUUUGGUGUACUUCUGCUGCUUGCUUGGCCCCCCUCUGGGCUCUGAUCUCCAGUAGGGGAUGGAAGGGAGAGGACCAGUGUAUUUCUAGCUGAUGAUUUUAUAAGCUCUCUGAUGGUUCUUUUUUCUUCUGAAAACCACAGCGCCUGUGUUUAUGAUCCCAGGAGCACUGGGGUCUUAUGAGAAUCACAGCCUUCACUGUAGAACAGCCCAUCCCUCAUGUGAGGAAACCAAGUUGUGGGACUAUGGCUUUCAUGUUGGCCAGCCUAACUUCCAGUGACCGCUGUAUCUGCUCCCAACUCACCUGAGCACCUCAUGGUCUGUAAAGCACACGGCCAAGAGGCAAGCCAAGGCUUUCACACGUCUGAGCUACAGAGAAAUAAUGACUGACAGCCACAAAGAAGUCAGGGUACAAUUCCUGUUUAAACAGCUGAGUUCAAAUUGCUGGCAGUCCCAAAAUACUGUGGUGCUUCUGGAGUAAGGACUUGCUCAGGGUCACACAGUCAGUCUGUGGCUAGGUCCCUCAGGCCAGGAGAAGCACUGACCAUCUUGCCUUCAAGCUCCAGAGUUUUCUUCCAAGCUGUUCAACAGUGGAAGGAAGUGAGACACCCCAGCUCACCCUACCCAGGACCAGCUAUGUGCAGACUGGGCAGACAAGUCUGGUCACCCUUGUCCCAUCAAGCAGUCUGGGAAGAAGACUGGGCAGAAGGUCUGGGCAGCAAAAAACCUGGCUUGAGCAGGGGUGGAAGGAAAGACUCCCUGGAGGGUGAGGGAGUUGCAGAGACUAAAGAUGAGCUUGAGGUCUUAGACAAAUGUAGUUUGUGGGUGCCCUGACAUGUGCCCCUUCUGCAAGGAGAGCAGUCCCUGAUGCACACACCUCCAAAGUGCCAGGCUUCCAUGAUCAUCCAGAAUAUCCGGCUGAGGUCCUGACUUCACUUCUCCCUUCUUCAUAAUGGCCCUUCUGAAUGAAGACCACACAUCACAGCACAACCCUUGAUCUCCUGCUGGAGCUGAAUGGGGAGAAAUCAGGGACUGGGGGUUUGCAUCUGUUCCUUCACUCGUGGAUCCAAGCAUAGACCCCUGCAUCAGGGGGUGUUCUGUUGGAUACCCUCUGCCAGUGACUUCUCCAUCCACUUUUCAGCCUGCGACCCUUGCACCCUUUUUCACUGCUUGCCCUCCACCAUCAGCUAUCUCUCCUCUGCAUUGUUUCUUUGCCCUCUAUCCCUUCCUUAGGCUAGGAGGGCUGGAUCAUUUGUUUAGGUUCGGGCCAUUGCAAAGGAUUCGCUUCCUUGGAGCUGGCUCAGCACAUCUCUGCAGGGAACCUGUUUUUAUCUACAUUUCUUCCCAUUAAAAAGUCCCCCUUCUGCCUAUCUGUCUUCCUCCCUGGAAAUGUCAGCCAACUUGCAUCCCAGAUCUUCCUGGAUAAAGAAGUAGAAAGUUCUGUGGAACCAGGGCAGGUGUGUCAGGAUCCUUGGUGAAUGUUCCCAUGGAAUAGUUCAGGUAAAAGUGGCCAACCCUGCCUCUUACCCACAGGUAAAUGAGCAUGCCCACCAGGCUGAGGACAUGAUUUCUAUUCCCAGGUCUGCUUUGGAAAGUCUUUGCCAGCCUUGUGUCACUCCCUGCCAUGCGGUCUGUUUUGGAUGGGCUGUAAAGUCAGUCUACCCAGGAGAUCCUUUGUGGCCCCAUUUUAAGUUUUAUGGGAGUGUUCAAGCACUUGAAGCCAGAGCCAAGCAGUAUCAGUUCCUGCUGAAGAAAUGAGCCUGGUGUUUCGAAGUACUGUCCCAAAUAAAGCUGUGAUGCCCAGCUAUGGUCUGAGAGGUGUUGGAGUAUAGGACACAGGUGAGUUGCAACUGGGAGCUCAAAAUUUGGGGUGAGCUGGGCACAGGCAGUCAAACUGCCCUCUGCACCCCCAGAUGCCAUUUAUCAAUGGGCUUCUGAGGAACUGAAGAGCCAACAUAGCUGUCCGUGUUUCCAUUUUAGAAGAGUCCUUGGAGGGAAGCUCUGUCCUAGCUCAGAGACUAAAGCCCAGGUCAGUAAUGCAAGGGAGAAAGCAAGAAGGUCAUGGAGGGGAGGAAGCCUUAUGCUGGGGGCUGAAAUGUGAGAUGGAAAGGUGAGCAGGGAAGAGGGUGGUUGAGCACUGUGGCAACAAAUCCACUUGCCUGUCAGGACGGUGGAUUGCUGUGGUUUGCUCAUAUGGCUCCUCCAAUGUGACAAGGUGUAAAGCCUUCAGACUUCACUGGAAGAUUUGUGGAGGAGCUGCCUAUGUCAUAGGGAACGUUUGUAGAGAGAGGAGAUUCUGCUGUGCUCUGACCCCCUUCUUACAGCUUUGGAAGGAGCUGGCAGUACAGGCUGGGGAAAUUCUGUGUAACCUUCAACUGCCCAAAGACAAGUGCGUCUAGUCAAUGCUACAUCUUGUCAUCCCCUUAACACUAGUCCAAGGAUACAUUAGCUGGGCUCCAGGGGUGUCCCCAACCCUAGUUUCCUGCUCUUCAUCAUCCUGUAUGUUGAUUGUGGCCCUGUGGACAAUGCAACACUUUUCAUGACAGUAUUUGUAUUUUUUUAAUUGUGAAUGGGGAGAUAGUGUGCAGGUCCUUGUUACACAGGGAUGUGUCUUCCAUUCAGACCAGGGCUUCCCCUGGCUUCAUCAGAUGUCUUUCGAUGUUACUGAGAAAAAUAAAGAAAGAAAUAAAUCAGAUGUAUUUAUAAAGGAAACAGAAACCCGCUGCUCCAAUGCGUUUGUAGGAGUAUUUUUAACAAAACAUUUUUUCAAAAUAAAUGUGAAUUGUAAAGUU